AACAGAGUUGGGAAAAUGUAUAUCCGCCAAGCUUUGGGUUGGAAAACUCCAACAACAACAACAACAACAACAACCGCUCCAUUUCUUAGAUCAUCAUUAAAUCUUCUCAACCAAAUUCCAAAUCCAAACCCCAUAAAAUAAAAAAUGUCCAAUUCAAACCCAACAAAACCAAGAACAGUGUGUUGCAUAGGCGACAUCCACGGAUACAUAUCAAAGCUCCAAAAUCUGUGGACAAAUCUUGAAACCCUUAUCGACUCAUCAGACUUCAACUCUGCUCUCAUCAUUUUCUUGGGCGAUUACUGUGACCGCGGACCGAACACACGACAAGUUAUAGACUUCUUGCUUUCACUACCCACAAAAUACCCUAACCAAACACAUGUUUUUCUCUCUGGAAAUCAUGACCUGGCAUUUGCAGGAUUCGUCGGAGUGUUGCCUGAACCGAGAAAGGGGGCAGAUUUCAAAGAGGGGUGGAAGGAAUAUGAACAAAAUGAAGAGAGGGAGGGGUGGUUUAAGGGUGAGGGGUAUGAGAGAAUGAAUUUGCAAGGGAGGAGAUGGGGUGGGCAUAUUAAGGUUAAGUUUAAUGCUAUUAAAGGGACUGAAUAUAAGGGCUCUAUUUAUGAUGCUGCUCCAACUUUUGAGUCUUAUGGGGUUCCUCAUGGCUCUGCUGAUUUGGUUAAGGCAGUACCUGAUGACCACAAGAAAUUUCUGGCCGAUAUGGUUUGGGUCCACGAAGAGGAUGAUGUCUGCGUAGAGUCUGAGGAUGGUAUUAAACACUGUAAAUUAAUUGCUGUCCAUGCUGGUUUAGAGAAAGGGAAAAAUGUUGACAAACAAUUGAUAUUUUUGAAAGCCAGGGACACUCAAGUGUCGAAGGUAGAAGCUCUUAGUGGGAGGAAAAAUGUAUGGGAUAUACCAGAGGAACUAGCUGAAAAACCAACCAUUGUGGUAAGUGGUCACCAUGGUAAACUUCAUGUUGAUGGCCUUCGACUUAUUAUCGAUGAAGGUGGCGGAUAUGAAAAUAAGCCAGUUGCUGCAAUCGUGCUUCCAUCAAUGAAGAUUAUCCGUGAUACUGAUAAUCUGGUGAAAUAGCUUUGACUUUGAUGAAUGAUCAUAUAAUGAAGCAAUUCUAUGCUUUGACAUUAGAAAAGAAUGCUGCCAUUUUUGUUUUCAUACUGUAACUCUACUGGAAUAUAUCAGUUACAUUAAGAGCAGGAUUGUGUAUGUUACUUAAAACUGCUCUUAUGCAUUCACUUUUAUCAUGUUACUUGUUUUGAAUUUAAGGUUGCAGGUUUUUGAAUAAAUAGAAGAAUUAGGCUUUUCCAGUCUAAGCACU